UUCCCUGUCCACCCAGUACAUGGACAACUCCCGGCCUCUAUGGGACUUCCACCUGCUGGACUUCCCGACCUCCGAGGCCACCUCCACGGCCGUGAUGCGCGUGCAUCACUCCUUGAGCGACGGCGUGUCGCUCCUCACGCUCCUCAUGUCGUGCGCUCGCAGCGCUGCCGACCCUGUGAAACCGCCGGCCAUGCCGCCGUUGCCCAAGCGGACAGGCGCCAUUUACGCGCGCCCACGGCCGCCGGCAUCCGCCGGCGCGCUGGCGUUUGCCCGGUGGGUCUGGUCCUUCGUCUUGCUCGCUUGGCACACCACGGUGGACGUUGCUGUCUUCUUCGCGACGAUACUGUUCCUCAAGGAUACACGGACGCCGUUCACGACUACAGGCCACCAUGGAGAGCUUCAUCGCAAGCGCAUCGUACACCGGAGCCUCAACCUUGAAGAUGUCAAAUCCGUCAAACAAACCAUGAACUGCGCAGUUAAUGAUGUGCUAGUCGGGGUCACUAGUGCUGCCCUAUCACGAUAUUACUACCGGAAAUCAGGUGACAAUGAAACUGGCAAGGAUAUCCGUGUGCGAUCAAUCCUUCUCGUCAAUUUAAGGCCAAGUACAAGUGUACACGCAUCUGUUAAUAUGAUAGAGUCUGGCAAAGGGAGUGAUGUAAAAUGGGGAAACCAAGUCGGCUUCAUUUUUCUUCCAUUGCAUAUAGCCAUGCACAGUGAUCCACUUGAUUAUAUUCGCAAGGCCAAGAACACUUGCGAUCGAAAGAAAAGUUCAUUAGAAGUGGCAUUCACACAUGUAGCGGCAGAGGUGUUCUUCAAACUGUUUGGACCCAAGGCAGGUGCUGCUAUCUUCGAUCGUAUGGUCUACCACACUACCACAUCAUUGUCGAACAUGAUUGGCCCAGUUGAACAAGUGGAGUUGUUUGGGCACCCGGUUGUUUUCGUUGCCUCGACUACCUUUGUACCACAAGAAGCCAUAGUCGUGAAUUAUCAAAGUUACGUUAACAGCGUCAGGCUAGCACUAGCGGUGGACGAGGCACAGUUCCCAGACUGCCAUGAGCUUUUGGAUGACUUUUCCGAAACCCUCAACAUUAUCAAGGGUGCAGCUGUGAGCCUUGGAAAGCAUAAUCAGAAGGAAUAGGAUAAGGGUUUCUGUAUGCGAUCUCUGAGUCAAUAAAAUUCCUUUUAUCAGAAAUGUAAGAGUGUUGUUGUGUGUACUGAAGACGGUCCUGCAUCUACAACUGUU